AUGCACCAGCUGCGAAGGCCAAUCGAUCUGCUGCUGAAGAAGGACGCAAAGUGGGCCUGGUCGGACGACUGCCAACGAUCAUUCGAGCGCUUCAAGGACCUGAUGCUGACCCACUACAACCCGACGCUGUACAUUAUCGUGGCCGCUGACGCUUCGCAACCCGGAAUCGGCGCCACAAUCCGACAUCGUUUCCCUGACGGUUCGGAGAAGAUAAUCCAGCACGCCUCAAGAUCGUUGACACCGGCGGAGCAAGCGUACGGGCAGAUCAACAAGGAAGCUCUGGUGCUCGUCUACGCUGUCACGAAGUUUCAUCGGAUGCUGCUGGGACGACGGUUCGUUCUAGAGACAGACCACCAGCCUCUGCUCCGCAUCUUUGGGUCGCACAAGGGAAUUCCAACGCACACGUCCAAGCGACUGCAACGACUGGGACUCGUUCUGCUGUGCUACAACUUUGGCAUCGACUACGUCUCCACGGCGAACUUCGGGUACGCGGAUGUACUCUCCAGACUCAUCGAUUCGGCGGCCAAGCCGGAGGAGGAGUACGUUAUCGCCGCUCUGUACCUCGAGGACGACAUGUCGGCGGUCUUGGAAGACUCCGUUGGCAACACACCUGUCACUUCCAAGAUGAUCGCCGCUGCUACCGCCCGGGACAAGGUGCUCAAGAAAGUGGUCCAAUACUUGGAAGGUGAGUGGCCGGCCAGCGCAAGCGAAAUCGACAACCCGGACGUGAAGGCGUUCUACCACCGGAAGGAGAGCCUGGCGCUGACUCAGGGCUGCAUUCUUUUCAGCCAGCGAGUGGUGGUGCCGGAGACCUACCGAAAGCGGAUCCUGCAACGCCUGCACCACGGUCACCCGGGCAUGGUCCGGAUGAAGAGUCUGGCUCGGAGUUUCGUCUACUGGCCGCACAUCGACAAGCAGGUGGAGGACACGGUGAAGCAGUGCGCGGACUGUACUGCAGCUGCAAGAUCUCCCCCAAACACUCCACCAGAAGCUUGGCCAACACCAGCGGGACCAUGGCAACGCAUUCACAUUGAUUACGCGGGCCCGAUCGAUGGUCUCUACUUUCUCAUCAUCGUGGAUGCUUUCUCGCGAUGGCCUGAGAUCUACCCGACGACGACCACGACCGCUAGGGCCACGAUCCAGUUUCUUCGAAGCACGUUCGCACGCCUUGGCCUGCCGAUGGUACUCGUGUCGGACAACGCUGCUCAGUUCACUUGCGACGAGUUUGAGUCCUACUGCAAAGCGAACGGAAUCACCCACAUCCUCACCGCGCCCUACCAUCCGCAAUCGAACGGGCAAGCGGAACGCUUUGUGGACACCGUCAAGCGAGGAAUGAAGAAAAUCAACAAGGGAGAGCCACUGCAGGAGACACUCGACGUGUUUCUGGCAACGUACAGGUCGACGCCGAGCGGAACAACCAAGUGA